AUGGCUCCUCAUGCUCUCCUGUCUCCGGAGUCCCGCAGCCGCGCUGCCAUCCUGCCACUGCUACGCAUACUAGAAGAUCAUGGCGCUGAGGCGCGGAAGAGCCGGCCGGCGGCGACCGCCUCCAAGGCCGGCAGGAAGAAGAAGGUGCUGGUGCUGACCGCGGUGGUGUCCGUCGUGCUCAUGUUUGCCCUCCUCAAGACCAGAACCCUCGACGGCCGGGUAUUACUCCGUCAUCGUCCAGCUACUGUGAUUAGUGUUCCACGGCCCCCCUACGCCGCGCACCGGCGCGUCCAGUGGGACAGCGUCACCGCCUCCCUGGUGGCGGCGCAGGCGGGGUCGGUGGCGCUGCUCAACUUCAGCCCGGCGGAGGUGAAGCGGUGGAGGAAGCUGCAGCCACUCCACACGACAGUCCGAGCGGUGCGGUUGCAGCCCGUGGACAGCGCCGUCACCUGGGCCGCCCUCUACCCGGAGUGGAUCGACGAGGACGGUAACGGCACCAACAGCGGCAGCUGCCCCUCACUCCCAGACCCCGAGGAUCAAGGAGGCCAGCGCUUCGACCUCGUCGCCGUCAACCUCCCCUGCCGCAGCCGUAACGAUAGCGGCCGCUGGUCCAGGGACGUGGCCAGGCUCCAUCUCCAGCUCUCCGCCGCCAAGCUCGCCGUCUCCGUCCAGUCGUCGCAUGUCCUCGUCGUCUCUGAUUGCCUCCCACUCCCCAACCUCUUCCCAUGCAAGCACCUCUUCCACCAACACGGCCACGCCCGGCUCUACAGGGCUCACGCCGCCUACCUCCGCCCCCGCACCCGCCUCCCCGUCGGCUCAUGCGACCUCGCUCUACGUCUUCCGACGAUUCCUAUGAAGCCGCUUACGGUGCUCAGGCGGCGGCGGGAGGCGUACGCGACGGUGCUGCACUCGUCGGACGCCUACGUGUGCGGCGCCAUCGCGGUGGCGCAGAGCAUCCGUCAGUCGGGCUCCACCAGGGACCUGGUGGCGCUGGUGGACUACGGCAGCGUCGGCGCCGAGCAGCGCGCCGGCCUGGCUGCGGCCGGGUGGCAGGUGCGCACCAUGGACGGCCGCAUCCGCAACCCGCGCGCCGUGCCCGGCACGUACAACGAGUGGAACUACAGCAAGCUCCGCCUGUGGCAGCAGCUCACCGACUACCGCAGGGUCGUGUUCGUGGACGCCGACCAGCUCGUGCUGCGAAACAUCGACUUCCUCUUCGACGCCCCGGAGGUGAGCGCCACCGGGAACAGCCGGACGCUCUUCAACUCCGGCGUCAUGGUGCUGGAGCCCUGCAACUGCACGUUCGACAUGCUCAUGGCGCGCGUCCGCGACGUCCGGUCGUACAACGGCGGCGAUCAGGGGUUCCUCAACGAGGUCUUCACGUGGUGGCACCGCCUGCCGCGCACCGUCAACGUCCUAAAGUACUACCACCAACAGGGCCAUGCUGCUGCUGCUGCCUCGGCGCCGCCGUCGCCGGAGCCGUACCUGCUGCACUACCUGGGCAUCAAGCCGUGGCUGUGCUUCCGCGACUACGACUGCAACUGGAACGUGCCGUCGCUGCGCCAGUUCGCCAACGACGAGGCGCACGCGCGGUGGUGGGCCGUGCACGACAGGAUCAAGCCGGGGGAGCUCGCCGCUAGGUUCUGCGCGUUGCCGAAGAGUCAGAGGUCGUCGCUGCAGUAUGAGCGGAGGCAGGCGGAGAAGGCCAACGCCACCGACAUGCACUGGAGCCGUCCGAUCACUGACCCAAGGAACACCCAACAACUCUUGUUGCCAAUGCCACCCACCGCAUGA